UACUGUUAAUCUAUAAAUGAUGCAAUGUUAUCAAACCAACAACCCAAACUAAACCAAACCAAAUUUUAAAAGUGAAUGCAAUAGCUGUCGCACUUUGUGGUCAUACAAGGGUAUUCCGGUAACUUCAGCUUAACUCGGCGCCGUCGGUUCCCACCGAAAAACAUAAAAGCCGAUAAAUCUGAGUCGGUUAAUUACUCUCUCUCAGACUUCAACGAAAAUAGACAGAGAGAUGACGAGCAAGAUUCUGGUGAUCGGAGCGACAGGUCUCAUCGGAAAAGUCUUCGUCGAAGGAAGUGCCAAGUCCGGCCACGCAACUUUCGCUCUAGUUAGAGAAGCCUCUCUCUCCGAUCCCGUCAAGGCCCAACUCGUCGAGAGCUUCAAAGAUCUCGGCGUCACUAUACUCUACGGAAGUUUAAAUGAUAAAGAGAGCUUAGUGAAGGCGAUUAAACAAGUCGAUGUCGUGAUAUCAACUGUUGGUCGGCCUCAAAUUCUUGAUCAAACCAAUAUCAUCGAUGCCAUCAAAGAAUCUGGAAAUGUUAAGAGAUUCUUACCGUCGGAAUUUGGCAAUGACGUUGACCGUACGGUAGCCAGCGGGCCAACGCUAUCAGAAUUCAUCUCUAAAGCUCAGAUAAGGCGUGCCAUUGAAGCUGCAAAGAUACCUUAUACGUAUGUGGUUUCAGGUUGCUUUGCAGGUCUUUUUGUUCCUUGUUUGGGUCAAUGCCACUUGCUACUCAGAUCUCCUCCUAGAGACAAAGUUUCAAUCUAUGAUAGUGGCAAUGGCAAAGCCAUUGUCAACACUGAAGAAGACAUUGUUGCAUAUACUUUGAAAGCUGUUGAUGACCCGAGAACACUUAACAAGAUUCUCUACAUUCACCCGCCCAAGAACAUUGUAUCGCAGAACGAUAUGGUUCGUUUGUGGGAGGAAAAGAUCGGUAAGACUCUCGACAAGUCUUAUGUUUCAGAGGAAGAACUCCUCAAAACCAUCCAAGAGACUGGACCUCCAAUGGAUUUUUUGGUGGGUUUGAUCCAUACGAUCCUUGUGAAGAGCGACUUUACCUCCUUCACUAUAGAUCCUUCUUUUGGAGUUGAGGCUUCCGAGCUUUACCCUGAGGUCAAGUACACAAGUGUCAAUGAGUUUCUUAACCGGUUUGUCUGAAAAAAAACCUCGUCCCUUAUGUUGCGUGUAGCUACUGUUGAUCCGAGUUUCGAUAUGGACGCAAAUCUUAUUUCAAACUAGGCUUCUUA